AAUAUCGGUUAAAUAUACAUAUACAUAAUAAUAAAAAGUUGUUUUUUUUUUUAAAGAUAUAAAUUUGUUAUUCAUGCGAGGGUACAUGGAAUAGCACUAAAUAUGUUAUGAGGAUGUCAUAUUUUUAUAUUCACCAUUAUUUUUAAGUGCACGUGCUAAACUUUAUAACAUUUUCGCCCAACAUGGAAAAUGAAGAGAAACACUGUCUUAAAUUUCUUGAAGAUCGACCAUAUCGAUAUUUACAACAAAUGGCGAAAUCUCUCGGACUACCAUCAAAUUUCAAGAAAGUGUAUUUAAUAGAAUUAAUACACGCAAAGAAGUUCAAAAGCGAAAGAGAUGUCAACACUAUCAUACACAGAGUAAAACUUGAGCGUUUGAGAUUAUCUAAAGUUAGAAGAGAAACUAAGAAGAGAAAAAUGCAGUUAUUAGAGGUGUCAAUGAACAAAUCCUGUUCACCACCAAUAACAUUCACACCUAAACGUCCAAACACAUGCAUAAGAUAUAGUCCAGAACUAACCAAAAAUCUCAUCACAUAUAACCCUAAAAAGAGUCUAAUACAAAACGAUCAAAAUCCUACACCUAACGCAAGCCGCAGUGACAGAAUACUGAGAAGUUUCAAUAUGAAAACUUUAAAACCCAAUUAUGCCUUAUUAAAUGGUCAAGAUAUUGUUAAAUCUCAUUUGAAUCCGAUGGAGGCAAGAGUUAAAAUUAUAAGGAAUAGCAAUGGAUAUCCUCACAUUAAUGUCACCGCUAAAUGUAUAGUGAAAAAGCAUAGACCGACCCUAUUAUCUAAUUCAAAAUCAGCAUUGAAAACACACUUAAUGCUGACACAAAGUGCUGAUCUUCCACAUAACUCAACACCAAAACGACAAAGAACAAUAAGCGGUAUAUACCCAUUAUCCCCUUCGGAGACAAUACCGAGAAACAUAACCACAGAAAGCUUAUGUCUUAGAAAAAUAGAUGGUACCCUAACAAGAAUCAAUGCAUUAGUACAGAAACGUGUGGAAAUAAUGCCAAAACAGAAAAAUAACUACAAAAAUGCAGAAAUCAACAUUCAAGACAUAAUAAACGGUUUUGAUAUGAACUCAAAUGAACAUGAUAGUACGAAUAAUUACUUACAAUCACAGUAUCCAAACUUAUCUAGUAUAGAUUCAUACAAUGACUUGUCCUAUCCUAUUGAAAGGAAUACUAAGGAUAAUUUAAACGUUUAUUCUGUGUAUUAUCAUAAAAAAAUCAGAUCUGAAGAAAUUAGGUGCCAGAGAUUAAGAGAUACGCAAGAGGAUGAGAGGUUGCCAAAAAUAAAUGACGUUUUUAGUAAAUUCAACGACUUGUACAAGAGAGAUUUAACAAAACCUCUUUAUGUUCAAGUUAGUUCGGAGUCUGAGAGAAGCCAAAAUCAUCCAAUAUACACAAAUCGGUCAGCAAAUACAAUGCUAUUGGAACCCCUAUAUAAUUUCAAAAGUCCAUUAUUGACUAACACACCGUUAUUACAAAUAGCAACAACAUCAAACACUAAGUGUGUUUAUAGUGUUCCGAUUAUUGCUACAGCUAUCCUACUAAAUACUCUACUGUCCCUUGGAGCUGUGAAAAAUCAAACUUCUGAGCCAAUGCAACAAAAAGAUACAGCCGUUUAUUCUGCAAAUUCUGGACACUCGCAAGGGAAUCAAAACCUACAUGCGUUCGAGGUGGAUAAUCAUCGUAACGACCAAAAUAUGGAUCCAAGGUUAUAUGAAUUCUUGAACUACUCCGAGCAGAAUUCGAUGAGAAAGAAUUACUCACAAUAUGGGGAUUUCAGUUCAUCGUCCCUCGAAACACAGGACAUGAGUGCUACGCUAUCUAUCCCGGAAAUGGUUGAGGAUGCCCUAGAGAUCAUCAGUCAAGAUGGGGAUUACAUGGAACAAAUAACGAUGGAUGCGAACAUGCAGUGCUUACUCUGUUCUUGGGCUGGACCUAAGACCACACUGGAAUAUCACAUCAAAAAGGAUCACUGGCAACAAAUCCUCAAGCAGCAUGGUAGUGAGUGGGCAAUACCUUGGACGUUGCCCAGCUCUGGGACCGAAAGUGGGUAUGAGGGCCCACAGCUAUUAGAGCAUGACUCAUGCCUCUAUGUACUCUCCGUUAAGUAUGAGGAUCCGGACUUCUUGACCGCUAGUGUGACUUCACUGUCUACAGAACCCGCACAAAAGUUUGGUUCAAUAACAAUAUAUAACAAGUUAUCAGGCGAACCUUUCUCAUGGAGCGGUCACAUACAACCUCUGUCUCCAGACUAUUUUACUAGUGAGAUAAGUGGACUCAGAGUGGAACUUUCGAGACUAGACUUAUUACCUAAUAGUGCUAACCUUAGGCUAGUUAAUAGGGAGCUGGUUACUGACUCUCCGGGCAAGGUUAUCAUCGGACAACCUAUGUUGAACGAUAUACAUUUGAUAUUGUUUGUUAAAAUAUAUUACUAA